UAAGUUUAGUGUUUAUUUUUCGUUGUAUGGUGAAAAGGUAUCCUAAAAAUUGUGACGUUAGCAGAGAAGAAGUGACUUCUGAAUCACCAACAACGUUUGUGAAAAUUCUUCUUACUCACGACACGUCACACAUAAAAACAAAAUCUUCAUAUAAAAGCGUAACUGCAAAAUGAGUUAUCCAGGAUAUCCACCCUAUCAAGCGGGUUCAAACUACCCGCCGAACCCAAACUCCGCGCCCCCUUAUCCCCCCAAUCCUAACUAUCCACAACAAGGAGGCGUUUAUCCCCCCAGUGUGGGGUACAAUACAGGCUCUCCUAUGUACAUGCCGCAACCCUACGGCGGUGGCGGGUACCCUCCUCCAACCGGGGGUUCCCCCUACCCCCAACCUUCUCCUUACCCCAACCAAGGAGCUGGUCCCAACCCAGGUCAAGGAUCUUCUCCCUAUCCCAAUCAAGGGGCUAGUCCCUAUCCGCCUCAAGGACACUCUCCUUAUCCCAGUCAAGGGGGCCAAGGAGCCUCUCCCUAUCCCAGUCAAGGGGCUAGUCCUUAUCCAGCUCAAGGAUCCUCGCCCUAUCCCAGUCAAGGAUCCUCUCCAUACCCUUCCCAACCCUACGGGCAAGGACAUCACUCCUCUAGCUAUGCACCCUCUUAUAAUCAAGGCCAACACUCAAUCAAGAGCUCCCCAACUGUGGUCCCCGCGCACCCUUUCAACCCCCGCGAAGAUGCUGAAAUAUUACGCAAGGCCAUGAAAGGUUUCGGAACGGAUGAAAAAGCCAUCAUCAAUGUUCUAGCCCGUCGUACGAACGCUCAACGAUUAGAAAUCGAAGUUCAAUUCAAAACCCUCUAUGGCAAGGACUUAAUCAGCGACUUGAAAAGCGAAUUAACAGGAAAUUUCGAGAAUUUAAUCGUGGCUAUGAUGACUCCACUCCCUCAGUACUACGCUAGGGAGAUCCACGAUGCCAUCACCGGCGUAGGAACCGACGAAGACGUCCUCAUCGAAACCAUGUGCACCCUUAGCAAUGCCGAAAUUCGUACAAUUCGUGACGCCUACCACAGAACCUACUAUCAAAACUUGGAAAGCGACCUGAAGGGCGACACCAGUGGACAUUUCCGCCGACUCAUGGUGUCACUCUGCAGUGCCGGACGUGACGAAAGCAUGCAAACUAACCCUCAGGGUGCAACCGCCGAUGCUCAGGCUUUGCUCCGUGCCGGCGAGCUUCAAGUCGGGACCGAUGAAUCAACCUUCAAUAUGAUACUCUGCCAAAGAAAUAAUGCCCAACUUCGGUUGAUUUUCGAUGAGUAUCAACGCUUGUCAGGCCAUGAUAUCGAAAAGGCUAUCAAAAGUGAGUUUUCGGGUGAUAUUGAAGAAGGGCUUUUGGCUGUUGUGAGGUCGAUUAAGAAUCAAGCGGCGUUCUUCGCGAAGCGGUUGAAUAAAUCAAUGAAAGGGUUGGGAACGAAUGAUCGAGAUUUGAUUAGGUUAGUUGUGACGAGAUCAGAGAUUGACAUGGGGGAUAUCAAGAGAGAGUAUCAGGCGAAAUAUGGAGAAUCACUCGCUGAUGCCAUUAAAGGCGACUGUUCUGGUGAUUAUAAAAAAUGUCUUUUGGCACUUAUUGGAGAAUCGUAAACUGCUACUUAAUGUGUCAAAUUUUUAAAUAUGUGUUUUUCAUAUAGUUGGAUUUUAUUAUUCAUUGUUCAACGUAUAUAAAACUGUAUUUUUCUAAUGUUAUAAUAUUAAACUUACAAGAAUAUGGCCAAUAAAAUCGAAUAAUGUAUUUUAUGAGCAAAAUUCUUAUAUUUAGUAUUGAUCUGUUUAUGUACACUUUUUUGCUAUUGUUAUAAAAUUUGAAUGGUUAAUAAAUAUAACGUGCA